AUGCGCUUUGAAUGGGGUUAUUACGGCAUAUCCAUUUCCAAAGAGGGCGAGGGACUUCAGUCGCUCCUACUGCGCACGCGUGCUGCUAACUUUGUAACCCCCCACCCACUCCCAUUUCGCGUUUAUCAGAGCUACGGAAAGAAGGGACUGGAAAAGGGCAAGGUCUACAGCUUCAUUAGCUCCGAGAGAGCAUGCUCAAGAGUGCCCGUAGACGCGACCAAUAAGAACGCGAGUUGCUAUCCCGGCGGAAGCCUGGAAGGGAAGGUGGCGGCUGCAGUUAUGGCGGACGAAGAAGAGGACCCUCCUGUGAGUAGGCAAGGUCGGGGUGGGAGUCUGGAGAAGGCGCUUGCUGGCUUCGGGGAAAGGGGGGCGAGGAGGGCAGGGGGCUACGGCUGCAAUCUGAUACCCGCUUACCCUUUACUUUCCCCUUCCUUGCCACUUUCUCUUGGUUUGUAGGAUGUUGCCAAAUUAACAAGUGUUCAGAGGUUCGCUGUUCGGUCAUUCAGUUCUUAAAUCAAAUAUGGGAACCACGAAGAGUCGGACACGACUAAACGACUAAACAGCAAAGCCUAGUUUAUAAUUUAUAAUUUAGGGAAGCUUUUAAUGUUUAAUAGACUAUUGUAUUUCAAUAUUCUGUUGGAAGCCGCCCAGAGUGGCUGGGGAAACCCAGCCAGAUGGGCGGGGUAUAAAUAAUAAAUUAUUAUUAUUAUUAUUAUUAUUAUUAUUAAUCUCUUGCAUUCUUGUUUGGGAUUUCUCCCCCCCCCCUUUUAGUUUGAAGAAGAUACUGAGGAGGCUGGAGGAGGCCCAGAUGGUGCACAGGGGAAAAGGAAAAGGCUGUUCUCCAAGGAAUGUAAGUUGGGGCUCCACUGAUCAUGCUGGCUGGGGCUGAUGGGAUUUAGACUCCCAGCAACUGAAGGGCCACAGGUUCCCCACCCCUGGUGUAGACAAUACUGAGCUAAAAGAUCUUACUUGGUGUAAAGCAGCUUCCUGUGUUUCAUGUUAUUAUAAGGUUUAACCUCUUCACGUUUUCCUACUUUCUAAAGGACCCCUUUCCCACCUCCAUAAACCGCUUUUUGAAUAUUGAUACCACAGUUAAAUUCCAGAAAAGACUGGAGGAUAAAUAGAAGUAGAAACCCUCUCACGUCAUGCCCAGCUUGAGACUAAGGGCUGAUUCACACAUUUUUGCAUGCCAUUUGAUGUCACUUGAUUCAUAGAUGAAUAUGUGAACUAUUUCCAUUAAAAUGUAUUGUGUGAAAUUAUGUGAGGUAGAAUAAAAAGUAUUUGAUCUGAAAUUAUUAUUUCAUGCAUACAUGCUCCAACACUUGAUCUUGAUGUUUUCUAGAGAUUAACAUGUACAUGUGAACUCUCCCUCAGAUUUUGAUUUAGAAUUCUUCAUCUGUAUGUCGACCUUGUUGCUGCAUUCUUCUGUGGCUGUUAGGAAGCACACAUUAGCCCAGGCAUGUCCAAAGUCCCUUCCAGGGGCCUGAUGUUAGUUUCUGUUUCUCACUGAGCAGCUGCUUGCAAGUCACAGGACUAUGUUUACAUUCCACAGUCCAGAUAUUGUUGGAUUCUCACGGGAAAGGGAGGCGGGAUGUGACAUUACUGGUUUCCUGUUUCCUUUGUUCUUUGUUUUCCACAUGCAGCUUUUCAUUGGAGUUACACAUGCUUUCUGCAGUUCUUAGCAUCAAGGUUCCAUUGAAAAAACACCUUAUUGGGCAUUGUCUUAAAAGUAUGCAUACUGCCAUCAACAGGGUGACAGUGUUUUGAUUUAAGAACCCUAUAUCAUCCAUCAUAUACUUCCAAGUGGGGAAUAUUUGCAACUUAAAAAUUAGUUGAGAAGCUUAGAUGUAGGCUUCUGCUUGCUUGAACAAUUUGGAAGACUAUAACUGCCGAGUCACACUUAUUGAGAAACAUAGUGAAUAGGUCUUAAGUUUUCUAGAGUGCUUCCAUUCCAUAUCUCACUGUGGGCGUUUGUUCAUUCUACAGUAAGAUGUAUGAUGUAUGGAUUUGGAGAUGAUCAGAAUCCUUACACAGAGUCAGUGGAUAUUCUUGAAGACUUGGUUAUAGAAUUCAUCACAGAAAUGGUAGGUCUUGCUUGUUUGCUUGUAUAUUACAAAUUGGGUGAAGCAGAUGCUGUGAGAUAUGAGCUUUGUUUUUGGUGCUGCUGUUUGUUACUUGAAAACCAAAGAGCAGAGCCUUGAAGGGAAGACGUAUAUAAGGCAACUAUUGAUCAGCUCACUUUAAUUGAAUAAAAGAAGAAUGCUACAAGCAUAACAAGGGAUGUGUUUUAGUGCUGUUUACAACAAUUCAUUUCAUGAUACAGGUUGCUGCAAGGGAAGAAAUCCAAACAUUCAAGAGAACACAUGGUCAAAUCCAUGGUACAGGUACUGAACCUCUCUUAGAAUGUAUGUGACUGAUCAAUUCUUUCCUACCAAUAGACCCACAAAGCAAUGUCAAUUGGACGGCAGGGUCGAGUACAGGUUGAAGAUAUUGUCUUCCUGAUCCGUAAAGACCCACGGAAGUUUGCUCGUGUGAAAGACUUGUUAACAAUGAAUGAAGAACUGAAACGGGCCAGAAAGGCAUUUGAUGAAGCAAACUAUGGAUCUUAAGGCGUCAUGUGAUGCAGAUGGGUGGUAUGUUUCAUUUUUCUGACUUGUGUUGUCCUUAAGGAUUCACCAAACAAAGUGAAAUGCUUGCAUUUCCCAUGACACGGUAGACAAUUACAGUAGUACUUUACUAACAGGAACAAAUCUCUGCAGUUUGAGGGUGGGUGGGUACCUUCUCUUCCCAAAUAUACCUUAAGUGGCAAUUCUACAGUGGCUUUUAGGUUCUGUGAAAAUUGGAAAACACACCACUGUACAUAUGUCGAGAGAUCAGAGCUACUUGCAGUUUGGCAGUUGAGGCAUAUAUUAUAGGCAGUGUUGUUUGUUUCUCUGAGUAAGUGGAGGAAACACUGUAUUUGUACUUUUUUUUUUCAGCUGAGGAAGGAUGGCCCAGAACAGGUGCUAACAUGUUUGGAUAUUGCCGCUACUAGAAGACAAACCAACACUUUGUUUUGUAAAUGUUAAUUCACAGGGGGAACUUUGUAACUGGAAUAAUUGUUUUGUUUUUUGAGGGUUGUUGUUUUGCUUAGUUACUGUAUAGAUACACAUUGUAUAACUGAUUCAAUUUAUGAAUUGCUUCCUAUUAAUGUUAUUUCACAGUAAAUACUAGUGAUUUGGAAUUCUUAAUGAAUAUGAAUAAACACUUUCACCCAUGCAUCUCUUGUAAUGGGAGAAACCAAGAUGAUUCCUGUACUUUUCUGAAAGGGUCAAUACAAUUUUUGAAGCCUGCCUCAGCUUUUGACUACGUUAACAUGAAUUAACCCCUUUGGACACAUGUGGGGUAGUCAUAAGCAGGCACACCAACACCAGCAUCACUUUUGCUUUUAAAAAAAGUAUUAACUCUAUGCACUGCAGUAGCUAAACACAACGACCUGAGCAGAAACUGAGUUGACAGCAAUUUUUAGUUACCAAAUAGUUUUGAGUAUUGGUCUGCUUCUACCUGCUUUGAGUUUAAAUAGCAUGUAGUUGAUGUUCUGUCUCAGCAUAUUCUAAGGAGUGCUAAGACUGAGAAACAGCUGAUACAAGCAAAUGUUGCAGUGCAAUGUUGCUCAGGUUGCAUGUGCAUUUCUUAUUGUCCUGGUAUUCUGCUUCCCACCCAUCAGCCAGCAUUCUGGCUACAAAGUGAACAUAGUCCUACCAUUGUGGAUGGGUUUGUAGGACCCUACAAUUUUCCCCCUAAAGGUGUUGCAUUUUCACUAGACAUUCACCCUGGGGAAUGAGAGUGCAGUCCAUGUACAAAAUGUAGCAAAGCAUCUAAAUGCAUGCUGCUGCUUAUAAACAAAAGCUGAGUUUUGCUGUUAGUCUGCCACUUAACAGCAAUUAAAGUGUCAACCAUAUGUAAUGAUAAUGCUUGCAAAAAACUUCAAAUCAGGAAGCAGUGUUUUUGAUGCAUUCUGUUUAGGUAACACCCAUCUUCUCUUAACACAGACUCAGUGAACAGUUUAAAUUAGUUUAAUGGAACAGAAUGCUAUAGGCCUAUUACUUUAAAAAUGUCAUCAAUAUCAUCUUCAUUCUCUGUGGCUUCUUUCUGUUUAUGGGAAGUUUUUCUUCCAAGCCCCACAAGGUCAGAAGGAUGGCCAUGUGAUUGCUUAUCAACACUGUAGGUAGUACCACCGUUGUCAGCAUCCCAAACUGGAGACAAGGAGCUAGAGCACUGAGGAAGAUAUCUACUGCUCUUCAAAUGGAUAGAAGUGUCUCUUUGUAUGGGAACAAUGCAAGAUGGUGCACUGCUUGAAACACAUCUUGAUUUCCUUGAGCGUUUCAUCUGUCUUUGUGGAUGGGAAUGCGCGUUAAGUCUUUGGCUGGGUCUCACUCUGCAGCUUGAAAGCGUGAGAUACUUACAGAGAGUAGCUUUAAUGCAGCCAAGUUUCCGUUGCAAGCUGGAAUGCAAAGAUAAAUUUUAGCAACUUUAACAAGUGAAAUUCUUGCUGUGUCUACUCAAAAGUAAUCACUCUAAAGUUUAAUGCCAAGUAAGCUGACAAUUAAGAGGGAUUUUCUUCAUUACAGCACAAGUAGAUUAUUUUGCAUAACCAAGGAUCUUUUGCACAAGCUAGUCUGCUCAUCUGGAACAGCUUUGUCCAUUAUCAAAAUCUAAAAUAAAUUGCAGCCUGGACUGGCACCAUGGCCCCCAAAAUAUGUUUCUACCUGCCUAUUUAGUUUUAUUUUAAAUAUCAGACUGAGAAAGAGUAACUACCACAUUAUGAAUGUUAUUAAGUAAUAAAUUUACUGUCCAUAGGUUGGACAGGUAAGGCACUUACAAGUGUAUAAUUCUUUAAAAAGUGUAGGUUUGUGUGCCUGUGGGCAGGCGCGGUCCAAUACAAAAGGAGAAAGGAAAAAAAAAAGAAUGGGAAGUAAAGAGGAAAGUAAGCAUGAUGUUCCUUCUGUGAGUCAAAGUUUCCCCCCACCUUGGUCUCACGGCUAGUGGUGGAGACCAGGAAUAUACCUUCCUUCACUGCCACAAUCCCAAGGUAAAGUUAUAUUCUUAUAAAAACCCAUCAGUCUUAGCUUAUUUAAUAUACAGAUCUAUGAACAGAAUAAUAGUUCUAGGUAGGCAUAGACUGCAAGCAGUUUAGGGGAAACCAACAUAGCACACUUUGCAUUAUGCUUCUAACAGUGCCAAAUCACAGAUAACUGCUGUGGCAGUGAUCUAUCCUGCAGUUAUCUGCACCUUAUAUAAUUUCCCACAUUUAUUGCAGCCUUCUUAUGAGCUGAGAAGGAAAGGAACAGCUGAAAGAUCAGGGAAGGAAGAUAGUAAGCACAGAAUAGUCUUCUGCAAUUGCUACCUCAGAGAAAUCCAGCACUGCCAUUUAUACAAACCUGCAACCCUGUGUUUCCACAUGCUGUAACCGCCUACUUUUCAAAAGUUUCAUUCCCAAGAAAAAAGCCUGUGGCCCAAGUUUAUUGCUUUUGCACCACAGAACAGUUGUUCUGAGUGUGUCAGACAGUUCUCUGAAGGUGCAUGCUUCUUGAAAUUUGGAGACAAAAGAUUUAAGAUGCUGGGACCUCAGUGAUUUAGAAGAAACCAAUGUAGUUCUCUUUUUUGACCCAGGAAACUUCACUGUGACUUUUGUAUUCUGAAAUAAAAUGGAAGGACAUUAGUAAAGGAGAAAUGUUAAAUAUUCUUUUAAGUCAGUGGUUAUCUUUGGCCCUACAUGCUGACCAGGAUACACCCCCCCAAUGUUUUGCUACUUUGAAGUUCAUAUGGCCUUUAUAAUUGUGUUUCUUGAACAGUGGCUCCUUGCAAUACAUAACAAAAAUUGUUUCUUGGCGCAUCUGCUGUUCAAAGCUGUUGUUUUAAACAUAUUAGGUAUGGCCCUGUACAGUGCUUUCUAUUUUGAUGAGCAACAAUUCAGCUAGGCUCCAGGCAGAGAUCAUUCAAAUCUAAAAUAUCAUUAAUAGUGAGGCUGUGAGAAACCUUGGAACUUCUGGUCAACUGCAAGGAUAUGGUCAGCUACUGAGCCAUGACCCUCCCAGAGAAAUUAUUCAGAUUCUAGCCGCUGAAGUUCUAAAGCUUUCAGUGGAAUUGGCUUUCAUUAAGCUUGCAUAGCAUCACUAUGUUAGUUCCUCCCAUCUGCAAAAGAGGUGGACAAAUGGAAUUAUACAUAUUCAUGGCAAAUUCCAAAACAAACAAUUACCUUGCAUACACUUUUGCUCUGUACAGUAUAUAUUUACAGCACUGUACAAUCCAGAUCUGCAUGUUCACCAUGUAAAAGCUACAUUUUGACAAGGACCUAUAUUGAAAGGUGCACCUCUUGAAGCAAAUUAAUGCCAUGGCAGAAAGUCACAGAGUAAUAUUUUCUGCCCAGAAGAGGAAAAAAGGAGCACAUAUUCAAGAGAAACACAGAAUGGAAAAAAAACAAACCUCCCGUGGUGCAGGGUUAGGGAACUUGCAUAAGCUCUUGACAUCAAACGCAAACUCCUUCCCAAGAUCUGGAAGAAAGGGCACAGCUGCCAUGUCAUAACAGCUUGGCUAUGAUCCUAAGCAGAGUUAUUUGUAACAAAAUUAUUCUUCAAUCAGUGGAUCUUAAUGUAUAUUCUAAGCAUUUUACUGAAGUUAAGCCAAGGGAAUAUCAGAGUUCUUCCACAAUGCAGUUGUCAGCUAUUUCCAGAGCAUCUUGGAGCAUGAGGCAAUUUCAUCUCUCCCCAUUACAUACAAGCAGCACAACGGACUGGUUGCCAGUUCAUUUCCAGCCCAAUUCAAGGUGCUCAUGUUACUGUUUAAAGCAGUAAAUGACUUAGGAGCUGAAUACCUGAAAAAUCACCUCCUUCCUUACAGACCUGCUUGGCUGCUAAGAUCAGCAGAAGGUGCCCUCUUGGUUUUUCCACCACCCUGAGAAGCUCAGGGGAGAGGGCGGCCCAGGAAAGGGAAUUUGCUGUGGCAGCACUUAAUUUGUGGAACUUUCUUCCCAGAGGUGUGUCUGGUGCUUUCAUUAUACAGCUUUAGGAUUAUGCUGAAGAUGCACCUCUUUACCCUGCUACCUUUGACACUUGAGAUGCAUAUUUUUAAGGACUCCCCUUAUUUCUGUAAUUUUAAAUUGUUUUAAACAGUUUUCAAUAUUGUGUAAUAUUGUGUGUUUUAAUCUUAAUUAAGAUGAAGGGUGGGCAAUAAGUUGUAACAACAAAUUAAGAAGACACCUUCCAUGCAACUUGAUGCAAGUUUUAGAGCACAAUAAGUUGCAUAUCGUGCUAUAAUACAGACAUGAGGGUGGCCAAUCCCCAAUGAGACCAACUUGGCUACCCAACCUUCAUCUCUUCCUCAUUGCCACCUUGUUGCCCAGCAGUACCUGGCCAAGAUGCCCACAUAAUACUCAUUCCAUCCUUAUAGUGUAGCAACACACUCUUAGGAAAUCCCUGUCUAUUGUCACCAGACACCUUCACUUUACUUCUUUUGGCACCUGAUUAAAAAUGAUUUUCUUUAGGCAAUCCUAACCAGACAUGUAGAAGCUGUCGUGUUUUAAUCUUGUUUUAGCAUAUUAUUUUAAACAUUAAAAAAAGAAAAAGUUAAAUAUUUGUUUUUAAUUGUCUACCGAUAUUGUUUUUUCUCUUUUUUGUCAACCGCAUGGAAGUUUUAUUAAAAGCAAGCAGUGUAUUAAAUGUUGUGAAAUAAAUAUAAAUAAAUAAGGAGACCAUUGUCUCUU